CUGGUGGUUGUUAGUUUGCCAUCCCAUCACUAAUCCUGCCUUAUCUUCCUCGCACUUUUGAGAGCCAUCGCUUUUGUGUGGCUCUCCCACCCUCCCAUCCCCGUCUAUGUUUCUCAUCCACCAUUCCUCCCCCUUCCCCACCAUCAACAGAGAUCCUCACACUACGUAGUCUCCAAGGAGAUAGCUCUAAAAGAUCCCACCUUUCCACCAUUUCGAACGCCCUUUCUUUCUAUCUUUUGCUGUUUGGCCAUGUGCCAUUGCCUAUAGGAAGCCAACAUCUUCGCCCUGCCGAUGGACUCCGCGGCCGACCCUGUCUCCCUUUCCGCGGCAAGGGGCCCCAAGUUCCUGCCUAUUUCUCCUCCGGGUUCGCUUCUCAUCCGCGCCCCACUUACCUCCGAGGAGAACGACUCGCCCCUGGCCUCCGAUACCAGCGAGGAGGAGCAAGAGGGGUUUGAGACCGCCUCCGACCUCGAGGAGGAGAGCAUCAACUCGGCCCUUGCCACGGCCGCGCUACUUACACCUAAAGGGGACGGCUUGUCGAGGAGCGCCUCGAUGCCGAUAAAAGCUCGGGUCACUCGGGACGAUGACCCCGAUGUCGUGGCCCUUGUGGACGAGCUGGAAGAUGAGGAUGACGACGAGGAUGACUUCUACGGCAUCGCCAAGGUUGCAGUGUCCAGUCAAGUUCCGACCUUGGUGGAUAAAGGUGAGGACUUGAUGGGUGAACAGAGAGCUGGGACCUCGUUGGAGACUCAUGUUUCUCGGGCCACAGAAGGUGAUUUCCUACCUGAUAGCUUGGAAAUAGUGUCCGAUGAGAACCCUAAGACGGAGGAUAGUUCAAAAAAUGGUAAUUUGGCGGCUGAGGAGCAAAAAACUGUGGAGAAUCCCAUCCCGCAAAGCACCGAAGAAAAACCAGUAGAGGAUGAGGAUGCUGUCGAUGGAACGUUGGACAAAUAUGGAGAGCAUACAGUUUCUGAUCCUCAAGAGGAGAAAGAUGGGAACUUGGUCGAAGAACUGGGAGAAACUGCCAGCCCUGAUAUUAGAGCUAUAGCUGAGUUGAAGAGAGUGGAGGAUGAGUCUGAGGCCGCUGACGUAGAAGAAGAGGGAGAAACCAACAAGUCCUGUACAAAGGAAGGGGGCUUGAACAUUGAAGAAGCCAAAUCUGACACCACAGACGAGUUAAAAAUGGGCACUGAUGGGAGUGGUGAUUCCAGUCAAAAUAUCAAUCAAUCGAGUGUUCCUAAUGCUCAUACACCAGAAGAGAAGUCUGUUGGGAGUUAUUCUGCCGAGGACAUUCAGAUGUCUGAAGGUUCCUGGGAGAAACUUGAUCAAUUGAAUGACAAUAUUGGCCAUGCUAAAAGAUGUGUCUCACUGACUGGAGGUUCUGAAGUAGUUGAUGAUAAGGCAGCUGAGGAUUCUGCUGACGGUGUUGAUUCUGCAAAUGCGAAUGUAAUCCUGUCACCUAUUCAUGAGCUAGGGGAUGAGAAACCAAAGGUUGAACUAAAUCAAUCCGCAAAUGAUUCUGAGGUAAAUAAUAAUGAGCCUGUGCCUGAGUUGCUUUCAGAUGGUGAUAAUUCAAUAUCAGUUCAAGAUAAGCAAUCUCCAUUUAUCAUUGAGGAGAAAUCUAAGGGCAACAAGAACAAAGGAGAUACAUUUGAGACUUCUGGUGUGACUGAAGACAACAAUGAUCAACAAUUGAAUUCAGUUUCGGAACCAGAACUGACUGAGGGUGGUGAUUUUGCUGAUCAUGAACAAAACCUUUGUCAGGAGAAAGCAAAGGAGGAUGAAGAAAACUUGGGUUCCGAUGAACCUUCUAAGGUGGCUAUGGUGGCAAGCUUGGAGGGUGCCAAAGAGAUGAGAAAGGAAUUGGAUGAAGACUCUUCCACUACUGGUCUCCAUUCAGUUUUACAUAGCUCAAAGGAUAUAGAUGACCAGAUUAUCUUGGAUUCAGAUGAAGAGGUGUUGACUUACAAGGAUGAUGAAGGGAAUGAAAUGAUCGAUUCUGAUGCAUUGGUUGCACUGCUGAAAGCGGCAAGUAGUUCUACUGCUGAUGGAGGUCCCAAAGUCACUUCUCAAGAUGCUAACAGAAUCUUCUCGGUUGACCGUCCAGCUGGUUUGGGGUCCUCAAUCCCAUCUCUGAAACCUGCACCUCCCCGUCAUACCAACCCAAGCAUUCUUAGCCCUUCCGAACUGACUGUAACAGCAGAUCAUGAUGAUCAGAUAACCGAGGAACAAAAAAAGUUGCAUGAGAAGGUUGAACUGAUCAAAGUGAAGUUUCUACGCCUUGUUUAUAGGUUGGGGCAUUCACCUGAAGACACGGUGGCUGCCCAGGUGCUAUAUCGUCUGAGUCUUGCCGAAGGUAUUCGUAGCAGACAGCAAAUCAAUCGGGCUUUCAGUCUUGAGAGUGCAAAGAAGAAGGCAUUGCAGCUAGAACAGGAUGAUACUGAAGGUUUGGACUUCUGUUGUAACAUUUUAGUCCUUGGGAAAAGUGGAGUGGGCAAGAGUGCAACUAUAAAUUCUAUUUUUGGUGAGGAGAAGUCACAAACCAAUGCAUUCGAACCAGCAACAACUUCUAUCAAAGAGAUUGUUGGAACCGUAGGUGGGGUCAAGAUCCGUGUCAUAGAUACGCCAGGUCUUAGAGCUUCAGGAAUGGACCAAGCAUCAAGCAGGAGAAUCCUGACGUCUAUAAAGAAGUACACAAGGAGAUGCCCUCCGGACAUUGUUUUGUAUGUGGACCGCAUGGACACACUGACCCGUGAUCAGAAUGAUUUGCCUCUGCUAAGAACAAUCACUAGCACUUUGGGUUCAUCCAUAUGGUUCAAUGCCAUUGUUGCUCUCACACAUGCUGCUUCUGCCCCUCCAGAUGGACCAAGUGGUUCUCCCCUGAGCUAUGAGGUGUUUGUGGCUCAAAGGUCUCACGCUGUUCAGCAGUCCAUUAGGCUAGCAGCUGGAGACAUGCGUCUGAUGAAUCCUGUGGCUCUUGUUGAGAACCAUGCAACUUGUAGAAGGAACAGGGACGGCCAAAAAGUGCUGCCCAAUGGCCAAUCUUGGAGACCACAGAUGCUUCUGCUUUGUUACUCCUCAAAGAUAUUGUCUGAAGCUAAUUCUCUUCUAAAGCUUCAAGAUCCUUCUCCUGGAAAGCUGUUUGGUGGUUUCCGUUUACGUGCUCCGCCACUUCCCUUCCUGCUUUCUUCGCUGAUGCAGUCCAGGCCACACCCAAAACUUCCUGCCGACCAAGGUGGUGAGAACGAAGAUUCUGAUAUGGACCUAGACAACUUAUCAGAUGCUGAUCAAGGGGAAGAAGAUGAUGAAUAUGAUCAGCUUCCACCAUUUAAGCCCCUUAAGAAAUCUCAGAUUGCCAAGCUGACCAAGGAGCAAAGAAGAGCAUAUUUGGAUGAGUAUGAUUACCGAGUUAAGCUUCUUCAGAAGAAACAGUGGAAGGAGGAGCUCAGAAGAUUGAGACAAAUGAAGAAUCAACAGAAAGUUUCUCAGGAUGAUUUUGGGCAUGCUGAUACAGUUGAAGAUUUUGAUCAGGAUAAUGCCCCUGCAACUAUACCGGUCCCUUUACCUGAUAUGGUCCUGCCACCUUCUUUCGACUGUGAUGCUCCAACAUAUCGAUACCGUUUUCUAGAGCCAACCUCACAGUUUCUUGCUAGGCCAGUACUGGAUACGCAUGGAUGGGAUCAUGACUGUGGUUUUGAUGGGGUAAGCCUUGAGGAAGGCCUCGCUGUUGCUGGCCGGUUUCCUGCUGUGUUAUCUGCUCAAGUGACAAAGGACAAAAAGGAAUUCAGCAUUCAUUUGGAUUCCUCGAUCUCGGCCAAGCAUGGGGAAAAUGGUUCCACUCUUUCUGGCUUUGAUAUCCAGGCAGUUGGAAAGCAAUUUGCUUACACUCUGCGAGGUGAGACCAAGUUCAAGACGUCGAAGAAGAACAGAAGUACCGGAGGGAUCUCCAUAACUUUCUUGGGGGAAACCGUAGCCACUGGACUAAAGUUUGAAGACCAACUCUCUAUUGGGAAGCAAGUGAACCUACAUGUAAGCACUGGUGCUGUUCGAGCACAGGGUGAUACUGCGCAUGGAGCCAAUCUGGAGGUACGCCUCCGUGAUAAGGAUUAUCCCAUCAGCCAAACCCUUUCAACCUUGGGUUUGUCUCUGAUAAGGGCGCAUGGGAAUUUGGCUGUGGGUGCAAAUUUGCAGUCUCAAUUCUCCAUCAGCAGAAGUUCAAAAAUGUCAGUUCGUGUGGGACUCAACAACAAGCAGACCGGGCAGAUCACUGUCAGGACGAGCACAUCAGAGCAACUUCAAUUUGCAUUAGUGGGAAUCAUUCCCAUUGCUAUCUCUAUAUUCAGGAGCAUGAGGUCUGGUGAGUCUUCAACUUAUUAGUCAGAUCAGGCAAUUACCAGUGUUGAUACUCCAACCAGUAACCAUUUUGUUGGAACUUCUGCAGUUAAUUUUUUUAUUAACUGUUUCUUGGGUGUUGUUGUAGACCAAGUUGGAACAAGGGAGAUGAUAGUUGAUUUUCAUUAAGUUUCAAUUCAUAUAUAACCACUAUAUUUUUGUUUUCCUUAAUGCAAGAGCUACUCAUGCUUUUA